CCCACCCCGCUUGUGUCCCCCCCUUGCUGCUGUUCAAAUGCAAAUGUAUGCAAAUGAGGCAGGGCUGGGAGUGGGCUCCGGCUCUCAGCUGGUGCGAACGAGGCAGGUUCUGUCCAAAUGGCGCAGAGAUGAGUAACCGCGCCAGGAGCCGCGGGGUAAAAAUAGCCCGAGUGGGGCCUGCGGGUGCAGACGCCCCCGGGCACCUGGAAGAUGGGGGCUGGGCCCCUGGGUUGCCCCUCCCCCCAUCCCAGCCUUCCAGUCCCGCCUGCACCCCCCAGGACCACAGCAAGACCCACCGGCCUGGCGCUCCCCACACCCUGUCCCGAUGCCUUUCUCUGUGCCCUGCUCUGUGCCCGUCCCCCUCUGCCCCGGGCCGGGAGCCCGUCCCCACGCCCUGCCCCGGUGCUGGCCGCUCUGCCCGGGGCCGGGAGCCCGUCCCCACGCCCUGCCCCGGUGCUGGCCGCUCUGCCCGGGGCCGGGAGCCCGUCCCCACGCCCUGCCCCGGUGCUGGCCGCCCUGCCCGGGGCCGGGAGCCCGUCCCCACGCCCUGCCCCGGUGCUGGCCGCUCGGCCCGGGGCCGGGAGCCCGUCCCCACGCCCUGCCCCGGUGCUGGCCGCUCGGCCCGGGGCCGGGAGCCCGUCCCCACGCCCUGCCCCGGUGCUGGCCGCCCUGCCCGGGGCCGGGAGCCCGUCCCCACGCCCUGCCCCGGUGCUGGCCGCUCGGCCCGGGGCCGGGAGCCCGUCCCCACGCCCUGCCCCGGUGCUGGCCGCUCGGCCCGGGGCCGGGAGCCCGUCCCCACGCUGGCGCCUCAUGUCUUGCAGACAGUAACUUUGUGCUGGGCAACGCGCAGGUGCGCAGCAGCUUCCCGGUGGUUUACUGCUCCGACGGCUUCUGCGAGCUGACGGGCUUCUCGCGGGCCGAGGUCAUGCAGCGCUGCUGCGCCUGCACCUUCCUCUACGGGCCCGACACCAGCGAGCUCGUCCGCCAGCAGAUCCGCAGGGCGCUGGACGAGCGCCAGGAGUUCAAGGCUGAGCUGAUCCUCUACAGGAAGAGCGGUACCCCCUUCUGGUGCCUCCUGGACGUGGUGCCCAUUAAGAACGAGAAGGGCGAGGUGGCGCUUUUCCUGGUCUCCCACAAGGACAUCACCGACAGCAAGAGCCGGCCGGGUGCCGAGAGCUGGAAGGAAGGUGGGAGGCGCCGGUUCAGCCGGGCCGGCGCCAGAGGGUUCAAUGCCAACCGGCGCCGGAGCCGGGCUGUGCUGUAUCACCUCUCCGGGCACCUGCAGAAACAGGGCAGGAGCAAACACAAGCUCAACAAGGGCGUGUUCGGGGACAAGCCCUCGCUCCCCGAGUACAAGGUGGCCGCGAUCCGGAAGUCGCCCUUCAUCCUGCUGCAUUACGGCGCCUUCAAGGCCGGCUGGGACGGGCUCAUCCUGCUGGCCACUCUCUACGUGGCCGUGACGGUGCCCUACAGCGUCUGUGUCGGCGCCGGCUCCGACGAGGGGCUCACGGCCAGCCGCGGCCCCCCCAGCGUCUGCGACCUGUGCGUGGAGAUCCUCUUCAUCCUGGACAUCGUGCUCAAUUUCCGCACCACCUUCGUCAGCAAGUCGGGCCAGGUGGUGUUCGACCCGCACUCCAUCUUCCUGCACUACCUCACCAGCUGGUUCCUGCUGGACCUGCUCGCCGCCCUGCCCUUCGACCUGCUCUAUGCCUUCAAGGUCAACGUGUAUUUCGGGGCUCACCUGCUGAAGACGGUGCGGCUGCUGCGGCUGCUGCGGCUGCUGCCGAACCUGGACCGGUACUCGCAGUACAGCGCCGUGGUGCUGACGCUGCUCAUGAUCGUCUUCGCUCUGCUGGCCCACUGGGUCGCCUGCGUCUGGUUCUUCAUCGGCCAGCUGGAGAUCGAGAGCAGCCGCUCGGAGCUGCCGGAGAUCGGUUGGCUCCAGGAGCUGGCGCGGCGUCUCGAGAGCCCCUACUACCUGGCGAGGAAGAGCUGCAGAUCCCCGGCCAACGGGACGGGCCCGGGGGUGCCCCCCGAGGCCAACUGCAGCCUCAACGGGAGCAGCUGGGAGCUGCUGGGGGGCCCGUCUCUGCGUAGCUCCUACCUCACCUCCCUCUACUUCGCCCUCAGCAGCCUGACCAGCGUCGGCUUCGGCAACGUCUCGGCCAACACCGACACCGAGAAAAUCUUCUCCAUCUGCACCAUGCUCAUCGGGGCGCUGAUGCACGCCGUGGUGUUCGGGAACGUGACGGCCAUUAUCCAGCGCAUGUACGCCCGGCGCUUCCUCUACCACAGCCGCACCCGCGACCUGCGGGACUUCAUCCGCAUCCACCGCAUCCCCAAGGCGCUCAAGCAGCGCAUGCUGGAGUUCUUCCAGACCAGCUGGGCCCUGCACAACGGCAUCGACACCCACGAGCUGCUGCGGAGCCUGCCGGACGAGCUGCGGGCCGACAUCGCCAUGCACCUGAACAAGGAGCUGCUGCAGCUGCCGGUGUUCGAGGCGGCGAGCCGGGGCUGCCUCCGCGCCCUCUCGCUCAGCAUCAAGCCGGCGUUCUGCACCCCGGGCGAGUUCCUCAUCCGCCGCGGCGAUGCCCUGCAGGCCCUCUACUUCGUGGGCUCGGGCUCCAUGGAGGUGCUGAGGGACGACACCGUCCUGGCCAUCCUAGGGAAGGGCGACCUGCUGGGCUGCGACCUCUCGGGCCAGGAGCGCGUGAUCAAGGCCAACGCGGACGUCAAGGGCCUGACCUACUGCGACCUGCAGUGCCUGAGCCUGCGGGGGCUGGGUGAGAGCCUGGGGCUGUACCCCGAGUUCGCCCGCAAGUUCCGCCAGGAGAUCCGCGCCGAGCUCAGCUACAACCUGGGCAGCGCCGGGGCCCAGGCCGACACCAGCUCGCUGAACGGUGACAAUACCCUGCUGGAGGACAAGGCGGCCGAGGCCGCGCAGGACUCCCCGGUGCCCCCGCCCCGCUCGCCAGCUGGCCCAGCCCUGGGGCCCUCGGCCAGCCCCCCACCGCCCCCUGGCUGCCCCCCCGCGGCCGUAGGAGCCAAGCUGCUGUCGCCCAGGAGGGGCGUCCUGCCCCGGCCGCGGCGCCUGCCCCCCGCUGCCGGCCCCCAGGCCCUGCAGCUCCACGACCUGCCCUGGAUGGGGCCCCCCGACCUCAGCCCCAGGGUGGUGGACGGCAUCGAGGAAGACGCCUGCGGCUCGGAUACGUCCAUGUUCAGCUUCCAGGUCGGCCCCUCGGGCCCCGAGUGCAGCAGCCCCUCCACCGGGCCAGAGAGCGGGUUGCUCGCCAUCCCCCUGGGCCCGGCGGAGCUGACGGGCGCUGAUGCCAUCGAGAAGCUGCAGCAGGCGGUGGCCGAGCUGUCGGGGCAGGUCCUGCAGAUGCGCGAGGGGCUGCAGUCGCUGCGCCAGGCCCUGCAGCUCUUCCUGCUGUCCCAGCCGCCGGCGCCGCUCGCCCGCCCCGAGGGCCCCUUCCCCAGCGCCACCCUGCUGCAGCCGCUGCGCGUGGAGACGGGCAUCCCGGCCUUCUUCCUGCACAGCUCCGCGCCCGGCCCGUGCCUCAACGCAGCCUGCCCCCACGCCCGGCCUGCGCCCCCGUGGGCCUGGGGCCCCCCCUGGACCUCGGCAGGGGGGACGGACGCGGCGCUCACGGCUAACGCGGCCCCUGCCCCGGCGGAGCUUGGCAGCACGUGGCCAGCGGCCGGCCCCACGGCAGCACCGGCUGGACACCACGGGGCCACGCACCCGCCACCGGCUCCGCCAGCCGCUGAGACGGACCCCAAGGGAGCUCCAGCUACGGCCACGUUGCCUCUGCCCUGGGACCCACCCGGGCUGGAGAUGGUGCUGCUGGGCUGCCACGGUGCCGUGGGCGCCCCCUGCUGGCCCCGGGAGGAGGGCACAGGCAUGUGAAGGCUGCACCCCCCCACACACACCGGGAUUUUUCUGCCCCCCUGGAGAGCCAGGGGGCCUGGCCUGGCCUGGCCGCACAGCCCCUGGUGGGAGCCCCCGCCGGCCACGGGGCUCGGGCCUCGUUCCCAAGCCAGCAGCGCUGCGGGGGGAGAGACCCGAGCUGGCCCCCAGGGCACAGGGGCAGGGCCCCGCCUGGCCUGUGGAGCUGGGGGAGGCAGUAGGGGGCAGCAGGGCUUCCAGUCCAUCGGGCUUCCCCUCCCCCUCCCUGUUUACAGUAAAACAGCUGCCUUUGGAUCUCUGGUCUUGUGUCUAUUCAGGGCUCUGCCCUGGCGACGUGUGGCAGAGCAGCCGUGGUGGGCCCAGCCCCAGGC